AUGUAUGCUGGUUUGAAGAAGGCCCUCUGUCCAUCCGAAACCAAGCCAGCCCCUCUGAAAUCAACUACUGGAGAUCUCAUCAAAGACCAAUGCAAGCAAAUUGAUAAAUGGGUGGAGUACUACCAGGAUCUCUACUCACGGGAGACCACGGUCGCUGAGGCUGCAAUCGAGGGUUGCUGGGAAGAGGUUACAGUCCCUCAGGAUAUGCUGGAUGCUAACAUCAUUAGGCUUUACAAAAACAAAGGUGAGCGUGGCGAUUGUAACAAUUACCGAGGAAUAACUCUUCUCAGCACAGUUGGAAAGAUCUUUGCUCGUGUUGUCCUGUCCAGGCUACAAUUGCUUGCUUCUCGAAUUUAUCCAGAAUCGCAGUGUGGCUUUAGAAGAAGCAGAUCAGCUAUUGACAUGCUAUUCUCCAUACGCCAACUUCAGGAGAAGUUCAGAGAGCAGAAAAUGCCAUUAUAUAUGGCCUUCAUUAAUCUGACAAAGGCCUUUGACUUGAACUACAACCACGCUGUUUCACUGUCUUGA